GGCUGAGAUAGCAACACUAUCUUUAAACACACAGUGUGCCUCGGCAGAACACAUAGGAGUGUGUUUUCCUAUCGGACACCCUGACCUGCUGCUGUAAGUGACAUACAAGAAAACGUGUACACUUAUCUAUCAUAACCAUGGCUGUUAAGAUAUUCUUUCCCACCUGCUGUUCGUCAGCAGAAAAUGGGCUUCUUAUUGGACGCUGGAUGGAAGAACAUCAGUCUGCAGUUGUCCUGGCGAUCCUUCACUUUCCAUUCAUCCCUGGCAAUGUGAAAAGGUAUCUCGGUCAUCUGGAGCAAGUGACAGGCCAGAGUCUUUCAGUUCUGGGAACGUGGAGCAACAGCAAAGCAGAGAAGAAUGAGCAGAUGGAGAACUUUCUUGGAGACCUUAGCAGCAUAUUCACACAUCGGCCCUGGUUAAGGAUGGCCAGAGAGGCAUCAAGCAAAUUCUGGGACUGCAGGAUUGAGGGACAGGGUGAUGGGGCAGACGUAGAGAUGGUUCUUGUGUACUACGAUCAGCGUAAACUAAUGCUGUCCGAGCUGCACAAUGUAGCUGAGCAUUCUGAGAUUGCCACUGUGUUUGACACCGUUGCACGAAAUCGGACGCUGUUUGCCCGGGACAAGUAUGACGAAGGGCCAGUAAAGUUAACACACUGGCAGUCCGAGGGGGUGGAAGCCAGUAUUAUUGUGGAGCUGUGCAAGCAAGCAUCCGUGCCUGUGUGUGUUUUCUUAUCCUUUCUCCUUUCAUUGAUUACCUACGUCACCCGGAUUUUAGGGGGGAAGCCUCUCUCCUUCUUGUGGAAUAAACUGUCAGUUUGUGAGCAGUUGGGGAAACGACUAGACAGCCUUCGACUGAUCAGCAGCUCUAAGAGGGCACAGGACCACAACCUUUUCAUGAGGAAAGCCAACACCUUUGUAUCACUACUGCUCGAUGUUGUCCUAGGGGUCGUGCUGAUGUCCUGGCUGUACAGGGGGAACCACAUUGGUCAGCUGGCCGAUGCACUUAUACCUGUUGCAGAUCAUGUAGCACUGGAACUACAGGGACUGCUGCAAUGGCUAAUGGGAGCCCCGGCUGGUUUGAAGAUGAACCGAGCUCUGGAUGAAGUAUUGGGUCGCUUUUUUAUGUACCACAUCCAUCUUUGGAUCAGUUACAUUCGCCUCAUGUCUCCUUUCAUUGAAGUCAUCCUGUGGUACAUUGGACUUUCUGCUUGUCUUGGGCUGUCCGUGGCUCUGUCAAUCCUGUCUGACAUUAUAGCCCUUCUCACAUUUCAUAUAUACUGCUUCUAUGUAUAUGGAGCACGUCUGUAUUGCCUAAAGGUUCACGGACUUGCCUCACUUUGGCGUCUCUUCCGAGGCAAGAAGUGGAAUGUCCUGCGUCAAAGGGUGGACUCCUGUUCUUACGAUCUGGAUCAGCUGUUUCUUGGGACAUUGCUGUUCACAAUCCUUCUCUUUCUGCUUCCAACUACUGCCCUGUAUUACCUGGUAUUCACCCUGUUACGGCUACUUGUGGUCCUAGUUCAAGGUGUUAUCCAGAUGAUCAUUAAUCUGCUGAACUCGCUCCCUCUCUAUGCCCUUGUAUUGCGACUCUGCAGAUCCUACAGAUUGGCAGCUGGGGUUAAAUUCCGAAUGCUGCUACAAGAAGAAGGAAAAUGUCUAAGACUCUUGAUGCAGAUAAACCCUUUGCCAUAUGGAAAAGUACUGCAGCAAUACAAGAUUCCAUCCGGUAAAUUCGACCCCAAAGAUUCCUGGGGUUCAUUGUGCAAGAAGCUGUUCAUCGGGGAACUUAUUUACCCCUGGAGGCAGGAAAGAGACAAGCAGGACUGACCACAAUCGAGACCAUGUCUGACAGCCAUGUCUGGGGAGUGAAGGGGGCAGCCCUAGAGGAAAGCAAUUGUCUAGGAA